AACGCUGCACGCAAGAUGAGGAGCGGGAAGGCCGCCUGGGCCCUGGAGACCGUCUGGGAGGACAAGCAGAAGUAUGGGGAAGCCGAGCGGAGGUUCUACGAGCACGAGGCCGCGAGAGCCGCCACCCAGCAGCUCCUGGCCGAGACGCUGGCCAUGAAUGGGCCAGGUCAGGAGGACGAGGCGGACAGUGGCGGCAGGAGCGAGCCCGGGAAGAACCUCGACGGAAAGAAGCCACUGCAGAAAAAGAGGAAGCGCUCCCCGAAGGGCUGGCUCAGCCAGGCGGACCUGGCCCUUGUGGGCCUCUCGGCCGACCACGUCUGGCUGGACAAGCCGCUCUUCGACCAGGCAGAGAGCUCAUACCGCCAGAGGCUGGCCGAUGUGGCUGCCCAGGCAGCCCAGCGUCCCACCCUGGCCCCCGGGGACCCCUGCACCCACGGGAGCCAGGUGGCUUGCCACCACGUGACCUGGGGCAUCUGGGUCAACAAGUCGUCCUUCGACCAGGCUGAGCGGGCAUUUGUGGAGUGGUCUCAGGCCCUGCUGCUGGCCGCAGAGGGGAGCGGUGCUCAGGGGGCUCCCGACACGGGCCAGCGGGCGGCUGCCCUCGACCUGCGCCUUCUCCACCAGUCCGGUCCACCGGCCAACGGCCAGCCACCGCUGGGCAGCCUGCAGGCGCUGGUGCGAGAGGUGUGGCUGGAGAAACCCCGCUACGACGCAGCCGAGAGGGGCUUCUACGAGGCCCUGUUUGACGGCCAUCCGCCUGGGAAGGUGCGCCUGCAGGAGCGAGCCGGCCAGGCAGAGGGUGCCCGGCGGGGCCGCAGAGACCGGCGGGGCCGCAACGCCGCGGGAAGCAAGCGGCUUGGGCCGCGACGGGCCAACGGGGAGGCUGCCUGUGCCCUGCCCUACUUGUACUUCCUGCACAAGGACGCCGAGGCUCCCUGGCUCAGCAAGCCCACCUACGACAGCGCGGAGUGCCGCCACCACGCGGCUGAGGCCCUGCGCAUGGCUUGGCGCCUCGAAGCUGCGUCCCUGGCUCACCGACCCGGUGCCCGGCCAGGCUCGUCUGUGUCCAGCCUGAGACCCAAAAAAAUGGCCACAAACUUCCUCGUGCAUGAGAAGAUCUGGUUUGACAAGUUCAAAUAUGACGAUGCAGAAAGGAAGUUCUACGAGCAGAUGAACGGGCCCAUGGCUGGCUCCUCACGCCAGGAGAAUGGCGCCAGUGUGAUCCUCCGUGACAUUGCGAGAGCCAGAGAAAACAUCCAGAAGUCUCUGGCUGGAAGUGCAGGCCCCGGGGCCUCCAGCGGGCCCAGUGGAGACCACAGUGAGCUGGUCACCCGGAUUGCCAGCCUGGAAGUAGAGAACCAGAGCCUGCGAGGGGUGGUGCAGGAUCUGCAGCAAGCUGUCUCCAAGCUGGAGGCACGGCUGAGUGCCCUGGAGAAGAGCUCGCCUGCCCACCGGGCCACCGCUCCACAGACCCAGCACGUGUCUCCCAUGCGCCAAGUGGAGCCACCCAGCAGGAAGGCGGCCACCGCCAUGGAGGACGAUGAGGAUGACGACAUUGACCUGUUCGGUAGCGACGAGGAGGAGGACAAGGAGGCUGCCAGGCUGCGUGAGGAGAGGCUGCGGCAGUACGCAGAGAAGAAGGCCAAGAAGCCUGCCCUGGUGGCCAAGUCCUCCAUCCUACUGGACGUGAAGCCUUGGGAUGACGAGACGGAUAUGGCCCAAUUGGAGGCCUGUGUGCGCUCCGUCCAGCUGGACGGGUUGGUCUGGGGGAGCUCCAAGCUGGUGCCUGUGGGCUACGGCAUCCGCAAGCUGCAGAUCCAGUGUGUGGUGGAGGACGACAAGGUGGGGACAGACCAGCUGGAAGAGGAGAUCACCAAGUUUGAGGAGCACGUGCAGAGUGUCGACAUUGCUGCUUUCAACAAGAUCUGAGCCCUGGCCUGAGCCUGUGCAGCCUUGCAGCCAAUAAAGACAGAUAGAUUCCA